AAAUAAAAUAAAAAUGUCCACUAGACCUGCAUUUGGGCUUAACAAGCUGGACUAGAUACUUGUUAUAUCAGAUAACAAGCUGGACUAGAUACUUGUUAUAUCAGAUAACAAGCUGGACUAGAUACUUGUCAUAACAGAUAACAAGAUCAAACCAAAUUCUGAAAUUAAUCUUAAAAGUUCCGACAGACUUUAGACUUUCCUAAAAUUGCUACGCGUAAUCGGGUUGGUGCUUGGUUUGGUUUGGUUUGGUUAAGAUUUGCUGGAUACUAACCUUUAACUAAAAAAAAUGCCUGAACCUAGUAAUGAUUACAGAGUUGUCGUCUUCGGUGCAGGAGGAGUAGGUAAAACCAGUUUAGUUUUACGAUUCAUAGAGGGCACUUUCAGAGAUGCAUAUAUUCCAACCAUAGAGGAUACAUACAGAAAAGUGAUAAGUAGCAACAAGGCCGUGUGCACGCUACAGAUCACAGAUACAACAGGAAGUCACCAAUUUCCUGCCAUGCAGAGACUUUCCAUAUCUAAAGGACACGCUUUUAUUCUUGUUUACUCUAUAUCAUCACGACAAAGCCUAGAGGAGCUGAAACCUAUUCUAGAACUGAUAGGAGAGGUAAAAGGUGGACUUGAAAGUUUCCCAAUGGUCCUGGUUGGGAAUAAAUGUGAUGAAGAAUCUGGGAAAAGAGAAGUGAGCACUAAAACCGGGGAAGCUUUACAGAAUAUGUGGAAAUGUAAGUAUAUCGAAACCUCUGCAAAGAAUAAUGUGAACAUUACAGAACUAUUUGAGGAGCUGCUGAAGCUUGAAUCCACUAGGACGCUCUCCCUUCAACCUCUGGAGGAUACGGAGAAAAAGAAGAAAAUAAAGGAGAAAUGUUUAAUCAUGUAAAAUACUGUAAAACUGUACGCUGUACACUGUACUCUGUACAUACUCUG